GAGUGGGGGGAGAACUGGGGAGUGUUUCCCUGUUGCUCAGCAGUCCCAGACUUCCUUUAUGAAGCCCCUUUUCUUCAUGCUGUACGGGGUGGGGCGCUGGUGUGAGAGGGGACAGACUGGGGCCAUACCUGGGUCCUCCUAUUUUCCCUUCUUGGUUCCUCUCCAUAUGCUGCCCUGCAGGCUUGGUAGCGUUGGGGAACUGGAGUGGGGGCAGGUACACACUUCCCUCCCCUCCACAGCCACCUGACUAAAGAAUCCACAAUAAAUCCUCGCCUCCUAGGGUUUUCCGUGUAGUUACUUUUGGAAAAGAGAAAAGAAGCACUCACUGACACCGCCCCCGCCCCCCCCUUCUAGCCCGUUACCCUUCUCCCUUUACUUUGUCUGCUCCUAGCUCUCAAAUGGUGCUGUAGUUUGUCAUGGUAUUCCUCUAUAAGAAAACGUAAACUUAACCUGACUGUUUCGUUGGCACUCGGUGGUACCAGACACCCUGUGGGGGUGUGGGAGGAGUGAAGGGUUUCACGUUUUUAGAAAUGCAACUAAAGUUUCUUAUUUCUAGUCCUUCAGGGACAGUGAAUCUUAUUGGAUUUCCAUAAAAUUGCUUUGCUUCUCUGCUUCAGUCCAGUGUCUUGUAGGGUGACUUGUCUGAUCAUCUUACAUUCUUGGAGGAAUUUCUUUUUGGUUGCCUUUCUGUAGCCCGGCAGAUGCAGCUGUGUGCACGUUGUAUUACUUACAGCUGGUGUGAUGGUGCACAUGCACAUGGUGGCGGAGUUAAAGUUAAGGCUGCUGUUGGAUAAUACUUAGCACUUUUCAUCUGAGAAGCAUAAAACUGUCAGGUUGGUGUCUGGCUUAGAUGAUUUCCUUGCUCAGCUUUAUCUCUGCACUAACAGUUCCAUUUGAUGGGGUAUUUGGAAGAUUUACUCAUAAUCUUGAACGUCUUUACCUGCGUCAGACCCCUCUGAAGGGGGGAAGUGUUGCGAUCCUCAUUUUACAGAUGGGGAGCAGAGCCACAAGAGGCUAAGUGACUUGAGCAAGGUCAUUCGAGAAGUCAGUGGUGGAGCAGGGAAUUGAACACCCAUGUCCCAGGCUCGCACCUGUGAUUGUUUUAUUUGUAUUACCAUAGUGCAUAGGAGUCCUAGUCAUGGACCAGGCACUGUUGUGCUUGGCGCUAUACAGAUCUAGCCAGUGGACCAUCCUUCUUUAUCACCUGAUGUUUGGUACCGCAGGAGGAGGAUGUAUUGUGCAGAGUGCCAUCUGCUGGAUGGUACCCGACCACUGAUGUAUGUUGUUCGCCUCAUAACUGAAACCGACUUAGUUUAGAUUUUGCUUGGAUCUUCCUUCCCACAUGAGGAGUGUUGCCUCGCUACAGCACACAAAAACCCUCCACAAAAGCAUUCCUCCGUGGGACAAGGCAUUGUCCACAGGUGCCAUUGAGAAAUUUGGGGGCUCGGUAUGACAUGUUCACUAGGGCCCCACCCACUCCCAUUUCACUUUAUGCAGCGGUGACAGAUGUUUUGGGGAGCAACCGUGAGCUCAGGCCCCAGUACAAUUGCCCCUCAUCAGCCCUGGUUGUCCAUGUGCAGUUCCACAGAGGUUAGGCUUGGGUUCUCCAGCAGUUGCAGAGGAGGGCUGGAUUAAUUCUUUUCUAUCCACAUGCAGUACCUCAGCAUAGGUAGGGGCCGUGGAGACUUAAGGAGGAAGGAUCCAAAUUUCCUAGCAUGGCAGGGGGAAGGCGCAUGAAGACUCUCAGCAGCAGCAGCCUUGCGGUGAGAUGUUCUUGGACCACAAGCUGUUAUGGGCAGCUUGAGGAUAAGCGUAGCUGCCUCGGCUAUGGACUCCUCUGUCUGGUUCUAUGGCUCCUGGUGCUGAAUCUGAACUCAAGUGAGCUUACCAGGCUCAGAAGUGGCCUGUCCUGGGACCUGCACGGUAGCAGAAAUAAUAUUUCUUAUCUGUGGUUCAGCUGCCCCCCCCCCCCCGAGGGAAGGAUGGUCUUGUGACCAAAGCACAGAGCAGGAGUCCCAUGCUAUGUUCCUAGCCCUGCCACUGACUCAGUGUGUGCCCUUUGGCAAGUCAUAUAAUGUCCCUGUGCCUCAGUUUCCCUAUUAGUAAGUUUGGGGUAAUAUCUUGAGGAAGGCUAAGAAAAUGUAACGCUUUAAUCAUAAUAUUUGUAAAGUGUCUCCAGGUCCUCAGAUAAGCGGUGCUGUGUUAGUGCAGGAAGCAGUCCAUUCCUCGUGCACUGAGGCUGCUCCCCUGAAACAGUAAGUUUGGCAUACAGAAGAGCCAAAGACAGUGUUAUCUAGACAAAGCUUUGGGGUGUGUUCGGACUAGCAGUCAAGGUGUGUUCUUACUACAUGUUCAAGUCCUAACGACAAGGCAGUAUGUAGUUUUCAUGUGUGUUAGCAGGUUGAGGUACAUGCUUGGAAACUUCCCUGGGAUUUCACCUCGUGAGCUAGUGCAUGGUACGAUCACUCUCCUUUUUGCUUGAUGAAGACCAGGGCACGGUCAUUGCUGAGUUGUUGAUCAAGGCUGCAGAGGUAUCAGGAGGAGCAGGUGCCCAGAGAACUCAACAAGGAUCCAGAUGCUGUACAAAAACACGCAAAGAUGGAUAUAGAAGACUACAAUGGACGCUCCUACAUAUCUGGAAUCUGUUCUUCCUGGAAGGUGAGUGGCUGAGUUCACCCUACCACUGCCAUGCAGACAUGCACACACAGCCUGUAUUUCAGUGCUGUUUCCAAGGAGUUGGCUGUGAGAACACUCCAGGGUAUCUUCAGCAAGGUAGAAUCAUUGGGGAUUCCUCUCUGGAGAAGGAGUUCAGCUCGGCGAUCGUGGGACCCACGGUGAGCACCCCAAACAGCCAGCACUCCUCCCCGAGCCGCUCCCUGAGUGCGAACUCUAUCAAGGUGGAAAUGUAUAGUGAUGAAGAAGCCAGCAGGCUGCUGUCGCAGGACGACCGCCUCCUUGAGAAAGAGGACAGCGUGAUUGUGGAGGACUCCCUCUCUGAGCCCCUGGGGUACUGUGACGGCACGGGGCAGGAGCCUCACUCUCCAGGCGGCAUCCGUCUCCCCAAUGGCAAGCUGAAAUGUGACAUCUGCGGGAUGGUGUGUAUCGGCCCCAACGUGCUGAUGGUGCACAAACGGAGCCACACGGGAGAAAGGCCGUUCCACUGCAACCAAUGUGGAGCUUCCUUCACGCAGAAGGGGAACCUCCUGCGGCACAUCAAACUGCACUCUGGCGAGAAACCCUUCAAAUGUCCCUUCUGCAACUACGCCUGCCGCCGGCGAGACGCGCUCACCGGCCACCUCCGCACGCACUCAGUCGGCAAGCCCUACAAAUGCAGCUACUGCGGCCGGAGCUACAAGCAGCAGAGCACGCUGGAGGAGCACAAGGAGCGCUGCCACAACUAUCUGCAGAGUCUGAACGCUGAGCAGCAGUCGCUGGCCAGCCAGCAAGGUGAUGAGAUGCGAGACCUGGAGAUGGUGCCAGAUUCUCUGCUUCACCCCUCGUCCGAUCGGCCGACGUUCAUCGACCGGCUGGCGAACAGCCUCACCAAACGGAAACGCUCCACACCUCAGAAAUUUGUGGGGGAGAAGCAGAUGCGAUUCAACCUCUCCGACCUCUCCUUCGAGGUGAACUCCAGUUUCGAGAAGGACGUGGAGCUAGUGGCCGCCCACCAGCCCAUCGACCCCAGGUAUGGCAGCUCUCUGUCGUUUGUGGGGUCCGAGCACCUGCGCCCCCUCCACCUCCCCUCCGCAAACUGCAUCUCGGAGAUCACACCUGUGAUCAGCUCCGUCUACACCCAGAUCCAGCCCGUCCCGGGCCGGCUGGAAAUCCCGGGGAGCCGAGAAGCCACCGAAGGCCAUGAGGACAUUCCUGAGGGGGCGCAGAUUGUGUACCGGGGGCGCGACCAGGGCGUGUCGCCCAGCAACGGCUGCCAGGAUUCCACAGACACUGACAGCAACCACGAAGAGAGGACCUCGCAGCUGCCAGCGGGGAACUGCACCAGCAGCCGGCAGAGCCCAGCCUACGCCAAAGAGGACCCCAAGCUGCAGGAAGGCACCCCUGCUGCCCGAGCAACGCCCAGCUCAGCCAAAGACGUCCUGCGUGUGCUGAACGAGGAGGGGGAGCAGGUGAAAGCCUUCAAGUGCGAGCACUGCCGGAUCCUCUUCCUGGACCACGUGAUGUUCACCAUCCACAUGGGCUGCCACGGCUUCAGAGACCCUUUCGAGUGCAACAUCUGUGGCUACCACAGCCAGGAUCGGUACGAAUUCUCCUCCCACAUAGUGCGGGGCGAGCACAAAGUGUAGGCAAACUCAGUUCUCCCCCUUCGCCCUGACUGCCCUGUGACUCCUCCCCCUGGCUCUAGCUCCGCCCCCCGGUGGGCAUGGACCAUUUUUUCUUUUAUACUCCUUUGCACUGACUUUGGCUACAAAAUAUUUAAAAAAAAAAAUCAAUAAUUAAAAAAAAAUCACGAGGGGAGCUCUUAACGAUUUGCCUUUUUAUAACCGGAGUUAUUUAAAUAUUGUUAACGGAUUUUUUAAUUCUUUGUGCUUUUCCCUCCUGGUCCUCCCUUGGUUAUUUAUUAAGCUUUCUAUUUCUUUAGAACUCUCUCCCUAAAGCUCUUUGAAUUUUUGUCAGAGACUUGAUCUACUUCUCUCUGUGCCGAGAGGAGCACGUAAACCUCAAGCACAUGUUGACGUAACAUGCACACGCGUGAACGCACGUCUUACGGUUUAAGCCUCUCACCCCCGCCCCUUCCUUCUGACUUGUUUUGGUUUCGGUCCUGAGCCACCUGUCAAGCUGCCGUAAUCUCAGAUUAGGUGCUAAAGAGAAGAGAACUCCCCUGGCCAGGAAGCCACGAGCUAGCCACAGGGGGUGUCCGUAGGGUGAAUGCGCCCCAAGCUUUAAUGGGAGGUGUCUCUGUGGCAUGAAACUGCCUGGAGCGCAGACCAGUGCCCCCAGGAGUCCUCUGUCCGGAGGCGGCUGGUUGACAGCUUUGUGAUGAAGUCUCCUGUAGCAGGCAGAGAGGCACAGAGCAGCCGGGGAGGAUGAAGCUGUCGCAGUGCCACCUGUUGAAGGAAGGUGGAGCUGUGCAGGCCCUUUGCCAGGGCUCCAACGCUCAUGGCUUUUAAGUACAAACUGCGUCUCGGUUCAGAGGUAGGAGGGUAAAGGCUUGGCGGGUCUGGGUGGGAUCCAGCUGUGCCCGUGAAGACAUUAAAGUACUUUAGCCGGGAGGACAGCAGGCAUCUGGGAUCCGCUAGCGUGUUGAGCUGAGGAGAACACUGGCUGAAUUAGCUUCCAUCUUGUCAGCAUCUGGGGUCAGCUCUUGUAAGUGUGAGUAAGAAGCUGGCCUAGGCCUCGGUCCUGGAUUAGGCACCUGUCACUGACUCCUGCUCCCCCAAAGCACUUCGCUUCCUUUAGCAAGGAUAGCGGUGACCCCUCUGCCUGCUGAGCCCUGGAGACCUGGCCUUGAUCCCACAAGGACCUUGGUAGUGUCACCUAGUGAACGGUCGCUGGGGACGGUAUCCAGGGAAGGAAGUACGGUCAUUAAACAGGCCAGCCCCUAGGAACGCUAAUCCCAUCCCUUCAUUCCGUGCUGCCUGGUUGAAGAGUUUCUUCCUCUUCGGCAGCUUUGCCCAGGGGUCGCCACUGGGCAGUUUGCCGUCUGAUUCCGUAGCUUCCCAGGGAGCACAUGUCUGGCUGUUGUUUGCACAGAGGAAUUGGGUCAGUUGCAUAAGCCCUAAAGAGCUGCACUUUCAAUGCGAAAGCUUGUUGUUGGGUUGGUUGGGGUCGCUUUGCCCCACAGGUAGUUGUGGUGCUGCGUGGCACAGCAGAGAGAUGUGGAAGUUGUGUCUCUAGCACUUGUGCGUAAGCAGGUUGUGUCUUUAGAGUGAUGUGUUAAAUGUAUGAGUCUAGGGGCGUGGGAGGGAUUUGCUGCAUCAGAGAAGUGGCUUCCAUUGAGAGUUGAGUCUGCCCCAGCAGACUGCUAACUCCUGGCAGGUGCUCAAGCCCCCUGGGUGAGGGAAUUGACCGGGAUCUUGCUUUGUUACUGUAUGGAAACAUCCAAGAAAUGGGGAAGGGUGACUGCUGGCUUCUGGGACUUGCAAAGCUAGCAGAAUCUGUGGGGCUGUGGGUUCUGCUGCUGCUUCCUGGAAGCAGGAAAUCAUGUCAAUGGAACCCCCCCAAAAAUAAUGAAGGGAGAGGUCCCCAGAAUCCUAGAACUAGCCGUGAUCCCCGGGAGAGGGAUUUUAAAACAGUCCAUUCAGUCUGUGGACAAAGUGCGGGAGGGCUGCACUGACGGGGGGUUGGUAGCCAAUGGGCGGGCUUUCACCUGCUCCAGAGAGGAGGCAGAGAAGCAGGCAGCCUCCACCAUUAUUUUAUUUUUAUAGCAAAAAAAGCCCUGCCCAUCGCCUGCAGCUGGGAUCCUGAGGGUACUUGCACUUGGAAGGGGCGUGAGAGUUACACCAGGCCACUGGGUGCAAAAGGGGGGGUGCUGUCCCCUUCCCCCGUUAAUUGGUCAGUAGCCCCAGUGUCAGUUAACCUCACUGCUCUGUCUUAGGAACGCUUAGGAAACAGAUGAGUCGCAGGGUGGGGGGGGACCCCAGAGCCUGACUGUUCCAGUGGCCAUAAUGGGGGGGGCGUGAGGGGAGGGGUCCCUGCUUUAUACCAAGGCCCAUGAUGCAUAAAAAUAAUCACUCAACAGCAGCCCAACAAACUGCUCCCUUGAGGUUUAAACCAAAGCCUUGUUCUUUUUCUACUAAAACAAACAGAACCACCUCACAAGCGGCAACACUCGUUGCUCUUUAUUUUCUUUUUGCUUUUCUGUUGACGGUGUUUGUGUAUCCAGAUGUGAAACGAAACCGCUGAGCCGUUUUUUUUCCGAAGCCCGUUGGCGGGACAAACCGGCUUGGACAGAAGGGCCAGGCAGUCUGCUGCGAUGAUCAUGUGAAGAGGUUAGGAAAGUUCCCGAGCAGACAUUCACCACCCCCCUUUCCAGUUUAUAAAUCUAAGCAUUGUGGGGCAAACUCUCUUAUUCCUGUCUGGUCUCUCCUCCAGAGCCAGUGGUUGUGAAAUGUUUGACUGGCUCAGAAAGCAGUUUGUACCGUUCUCACCAAAAUGGUUUGACCCCCAGCAGACAAGAAACCAGACCACAAAAUCCUGGCAUUCUGAUUACCAUCUUCCAGCUGAAGUGCCAAGUAAAGUCUGGUUUUAUCAGUCAUUUUGGAGAGGGACCAAAGUUAGAUUGAGACUAAAAUUUGCCCUAAAAUUGAGCACUGACCUCCACCUUUGGACUGGGAUUUUUCAAAAGGCACCCGACUCUCAUUGACUUUCUCUGGGCGUUGGGCACUUCAUUUCUUCAAACGUGUUUGAAAACCCCAAUCCUUAAGCUUCUGAAAUAAGUGGUCUGAUUACUUUUUUUAUUUUUUAUUUUUUUGGAAUUGGAGAGCACCCACAGCUGCUUCCGAAGGCCAGGAGAUCUGUAGGUGCCAGCACCUUUGAACAUAGAGCUACUUAUUCGGGGGCUGACGUGUAGAUUUAGGAGUCUGAUGUCAUCCUCAUUUGAACAUGUUGACCUCAGACUAUACCUCUCAAAAGGUGGGAUUCCUGAGCUGCAGAUGAGGGUUUUAAACUCUAGUGGGUCUUGGAACUCAAGUGAGAAGCAAGAUGUUAAUCAGAAUGACACGAUUCUGUUACUUCAGAGCAUUCGGUCCUAGGCCUAGUGAUCUGAGAGAUCUGACCUUUUCAAAGUCACUUUCAGCACUGGUCCAGGCUCGGGAGUUAAUCCCUUUUCAUAAACAUGCUCAGAAAUCAUUUCUCUUCCCUUAUGAUCUGACUGCAGAAAUCUCCACCUAGGUACGUCGUGAAUACGAAAACCAGGCAGGACUGGCCUGGCCUUCAAGGCUUUCUGGGUGUGAUGGAUAGCAAGGUAGCAAUAAAAGGCAAAAUGGCUUGAUUGAGUGUCAUUUUUGAGAUGUCUUCUCCAACAGAGCCCCAAGCUGUCGGUUCUCGCGCAGAAACGAUGCACUUUUCCUGCCGCCUGUCUGCCACUGAGCGGGCAGAACGAGAAGGAAACAAACAUCUUCUCUGAGCAGAGCUGGAAACAAAGCUGAGAGCGAGACGUGGGUCUCCUUUUCUUACUGUCACUUGGUAAAUUCCGUCCUGGGACGCCGGUGCCCCGGUUGGCUGCCGUUUGGGGGAUUUUUACAGCAGGGUUGUGGUCUGAAGAGCAGACUUGUAGAAGUGACAUUAUAGCUGCUGCGUGUGCUCUCUGAUUCACUUCGAAAAAUCCACCUUUUGACUUGCAAAGGCAACCUCUGUGCCACCAACCAUCUCCCACUGAGUGUGGAAACCCAGCUAGCUUAGCUCUACCUCCAGCCUCUAAAGUCCACAGGUGGAGCAGCACUGCUGACCGCUAAUGCCCCUGGCAGGACAUAAUCACCCUUCAGGUGCUCAGCUGGCUCCUGCGGGGCUCCCGGGAGUAAAAACUCCUUUGCCCAGAUCAGAUCCGCUCAGCUUCCCUGACAGCCGAGGAGCUACAGGAAAGCGUCAGUUUUAUAGUCACUUUCUGACCACAACCGCUGCACUGACAUUGUUGAUUUGGUACGAAAUUCAGCUAAGCUUGACCUGACUGUUAUCCCCAGUAGACUGUGAAUAAGUAUGAAGAGCCCCACAACCCCCCCCCCCCCGCCUCCUGUUCCCCUUUUCAAAAGGUAAAACCAACAUAAUAUUCAAGGGGGGGGGGUUUAAACAGGGGGAAAGGGAAGUGCUGAAAUUUAUAAACACCUUUUUUCUGCAGCUUUUUUCUUUUACCUGUAAAAAGAGUCUAAAACAAAGGUAGGAAUUUUGUAAAACUCCAGGUCGCUUUACUUGUGUAAAUAUAUAUCUAUUUUUAAUCAGAUGUAUGAAGAACAAAAAAUAUGAUGUGCAAUACCCCAACCCUCUUCCAGCUCCGCCGCCGCCUCCUUCCUUUCUAUCGAGUUUUCAUUUGUAUGUUGUUAAUGGAUUUGCUGUUGUCUGGGUUUUUUUCCCUUUUUUGUGAGGUUAGACUCGCUUUUCAACAACAAAACUCUCUCUUACCGCAAAAGCUUUUUGUAUUUGUAAUAUAUUGUAAGUAAAUAUUUGUGUAAUGGAGAUAUACUACUGUAAGUUUUGUACUGUACUGGCUGAAAGUCUGUUAUAAAUAAACAUGAGUAAUUUAAUG